UCCUAACCAAAAGGUGGCAGCAGUGCACCAAACGUGUUUGCCAACAACAAGAGGACAAAGAAAAGGAAAACAGAAACGGAAGAAGAGGACUGAGACAUAAGGUGUUUUAAUAACACGUUCUGUGUGUACAUUCGAACUUGAACGACCAAUCAUGUCCUCACUAGGGAGCAACAAUUCCUCAGCAACAGAAUACACUGUACGAGUCCCAAAAAACACAAAUAAGAAGUACAACAUUAUGGCCUUCAAUGCUGGAGACAAAGUCAACUGUUCAACGUGGACUCAGGCUCGUAUGGAAAGAGACAUGAGUGCUCGUAGGAUAUAUGGAGAGGAAGAGACACCAGAAGGAGCAGCCGGAAGUGAGUUUGGCAAAAAGCAGCGUGAAGAAGCACGACGCAAGAAGUUUGGAAUUGUGACCCGUGAAUUCAAAGUGGAGGACCAGCCUUGGAUUCUUAAGGUCAAUGGUAAAGCUGGUAAGAGGUUUAAAGGUCUAAAGAAGGGCGGUGUCACAGAAAACGCCUCCUACUACAUCUUCACACAAUGUCCCGAUGGAGCAUUUGAAGCUUUUCCUGUCCACGGCUGGUACAACUUCACACCACUGGCAAAGCACCGGACUCUUACAGCAGAGGAGGCUGAGGAGGAGUGGGGCAGGCGGAAUAAAGUUGUGAAUCACUUCAGCAUCAUGCUCCAGAGACGUCUUCGGGAGCAUGAGCGUGGUGGUGGUGAUGAUGAUGAAGACGAGAAUGAAAAAUCUGGGAAAAAGAAAAAAAGGGGGGGCGGCAGGGGAGGAGACUUGCGAAUCCACGACCUAGAGGAUGACCUUGAGAUGAGCAGUGAUGACAGUGACAGCAGUAUGGGAGAGGAUGGUGAGAGUAAAAAGGCCAAGAAAAACACAGGGAAAGAUUCAAAGAAGAAGAAGAAACAAAAGAAAAACGAGAGCGAGGCACUGGAGGACAGUGAUGACGGCGACUAUGAAGGCCUGGAGGUGGAUUACAUGUCAGACGAAAGCAGCUCAGAUGAAGAAAUAGAAAGAGGAAAGCCAAGCAAAGCAGAGGAACACCCUAAAGGAAUCGAUGAGGCAUCUGAAAGUGAGGAAGAGAGCGAGGAGGAAAAACAAAACGAAGAGGAGGCAAAAGAGGAAGAGGAAGAGGAUGAUGGGAAAAAAACACCUGUACAAAUGGAAAAAAAGAAGAAAAAAGACAGCAGCGGAGAAUCUGACAGCUCAGACGACAGCGACAUCGAGGGAGAGACGGCCUCGGCUUUGUUCAUGAAAAAGCGCACUCCUCCUAAACGUGGAGGUGGUCGUGGUUCUGCAGGCAGCUCCAGGACGGGCAGUCGUCCUGGAACACCCUCCAUUGAUUCUGCUGCUACCUCUAAUACAUUACGUGCUGCUGCAAGCAAGUUAGAGCAAGGCAAGAGACAGACUCAGGGACCGGCGACAGACUCACCAGCUGCUAAAAGGCUAAAAAUGGAGCCAAGCAGCCAGAGUCCUGCUCCUUCUGGGAAGAGUACACCUCAACCUUCAUCAGGAAAAUCAACCCCAAGCUCAAGCGAUGUGCAGCUCACAGAAGAAGCAGUCCGACGCUACCUGAUCCGUAAACCAAUGACGACAAAAGAUCUGCUGAAGAAGUUUCAGACGAAGCGCACUGGCCUGAGCAGUGAGCAGACUGUCAACGUGCUGGCACAGAUCCUGAAGAGACUUAAUCCCGAGCGCAAAAAUGUCAACGACAAAAUGCACUUUUAUCUCACAGAGUAACUGAUCAGGGGUGCAACACGACAACUAAUGGCACAUGGUAAUACAAGACAACACAGUGUUUACUUCAGAACAAUGGAAGCAAUUGUCAGUGUUGAGGAAACGACUCACUUUCUGUAAAUGUUUGUAACUUAACAGAAGUGUGUAGAAGAAUUUUCUUAGAUGUUUUUUUUUUCUAAUAAAAUUUGAAGCUGUAAAAAGCGGUUUGACAGGAAAA